UAGUCUCAGGUUUGGGACGAGAUGUCCCUCUGACGCGCAGGUGCGCCCGCGGUUUAACCCGUUAUAAACAAACCCAGGGGCAGGCCUUGAGAAAAAGAACCCUGUCGCUGUACCUCUGCACUCCGCCUCAGUCUGGAAACAGGAUUAAUCUUUGGGAAUUAAAGGUCUGCGGUGUUGUUUUGAGGCUGGAAUAACGCGGAAUCGACGCUCAUUGGCCUCUUGAUGCGCAAAGGUCAGCAUCAGCAUCCUCGCUAGCUCAUCCCUGCAUCCCCAAAUCUCUCUCUCUCUCUCUCUCUCUCUCUCUCUCUCUCUCUCUCUCUCUCUCUCUCUCGGGUGCCAUGGGGAACCGAGGCAUGGAGGAGUUGAUCCCGUUGGUGAACCGUUUGCAGGACGCCUUCAGCAGCAUCGGGCAGAGCUGUAACCUCGACCUGCCGCAGAUCGCCGUGGUGGGCGGCCAGAGCGCAGGAAAGAGCUCCGUGCUGGAGAACUUCGUGGGAAAGGAUUUUCUUCCCAGAGGCUCUGGCAUCGUCACCCGCAGGCCACUGGUGCUGCAGCUCAUCACCUCUGUCACAGAAUGGGCCGAGUUUCUUCACUGCAAAGGGAAGAAGUUCACCGAUUUUGAUGAAGUGCGCCAGGAGAUCGAGGCUGAAACCGACCGCGUCACUGGAGCCAAUAAGGGCAUCUCACCAAUUCCUAUCAACUUGAGGGUGUUUUCUCCACAUGUGUUGAAUCUGACUCUGAUCGAUCUGCCGGGGAUCACCAAGGUGCCCGUGGGAGACCAGCCUGCAGACAUCGAGCAGCAGAUCCGCGACAUGAUCAUGCAGUUCAUCAGCCGAGAGAGCUGCCUCAUCCUCGCCGUCACACCCGCCAACACCGACCUGGCCAACUCCGACGCCCUCAAACUGGCUAAAGACGUGGAUCCUCAGGGUCUGAGGACGAUCGGCGUGAUCACUAAACUGGACCUGAUGGAUGAGGGCACUGACGCUCGAGAUGUUUUGGAGAACAAGCUGCUUCCUCUGCGGAGGGGUUAUAUCGGGGUGGUGAACCGCAGUCAGAAGGAUAUUGAAGGAAGGAAGGACAUUAAAGCGGCUCUGGCUGCAGAGAGGAAGUUCUUCCUGUCUCAUCCUGCAUACAGACACCUGGCUGACAGCAUGGGUACACCUCAUCUGCAGAAAGCCCUCAACCAGCAACUGACCAAUCACAUUCGGGACACGCUGCCUGCUUUUCGGAGUAAACUACAAUCUCAGCUUCUCGCUCUGGACAAGGAGGCCGAGGAAUAUCGUCACUUCAGACCCGACGAUCCGUCACGCAAGACUAAAGCCCUGCUGCAAAUGGUGCAGCAGUUUGCGGUGGACUUUGAGAAGCGGAUUGAGGGAUCGGGUGAUCAGGUGGACACUGUCGAGCUCUCAGGAGGAGCCAAGAUCAACCGCAUCUUCCACGAACGCUUCCCUUUUGAACUGGUCAAGAUGGAGAGCGAUGACAAGGAGAUGCGCCGGGAGAUCAGCUACGCCAUCAAAAACAUUCAUGGCAUCAGGACGGGCCUGUUCACUCCAGACAUGGCGUUUGAGGCGAUAGUGAAGAAACAGGUCGUGAAGCUGAAGGAACCCUGCAUUAAAUGUAUUGACCUGGUCAUUCAGGAGCUCAUCAACACAGUGCGUCAGUGUGCUAAUAAGCUGGGUACGUUCCCCAUGCUGAGGGAGGAGACCGAGCGAAUCGUUACUUCACACAUUCGUGAGCGUGAGAGCCGGGCCAAGGAGCAGAUUCUGUUGCUCAUCGACGUGCAGCUCGCAUACAUCAACACCAACCAUGAGGAUUUCAUUGGAUUUGCCAAUGCACAGCAGCGGAGCAGCCAAGCAAACAAGACGAGUUCUGCCGGAAACCAGGUCAUUCGCAAAGGAUGGUUGACCAUCAACAACAUCAGCAUCAUGAAAGGAGGAGCUAAGGAGUACUGGUUCGUGCUGACGGCUGAGAGCUUGUCCUGGUUCAAGGACGACGAGGAGAAAGAGAAGAAGUACAUGCUGCCCCUGGACAACCUGAAGGUCAGGGACGUGGAAAAAAGCUUUAUGUCCAGCAAGCACAUGUUCGCCAUCUUCAAUACAGAGCAACGGAACGUCUUCAAGGACAACCGCUUCCUAGAGCUGGCAUGCAACACGCAGGAAGAGGUGGAAAGCUGGAGAGCAUCCCUGCUCCGCGCUGGGGUUUACCCCGAGAAAUCUUCGGUGGAGAGUGAGAGCUCUAGUGCUGCAGAUAACUUCUCCAUGGAUCCUCAGCUGGAGAGAAAGGUGGAGACCAUCCGGAACCUGGUGGACUCCUACAUGGCCAUCGUUAACAAGUGCAUCCGGGACCUCAUGCCCAAGACCAUCAUGCAUCUUAUGAUCAAUAAUGUGAAGGACUUCAUCAAUGCAGAGCUGCUGGCUCAGCUGUACUCGGCUGGGGACCAGAACGCACUGAUGGACGAGUCUCAGGAGCAGGUGCAGCGCAGGGAGGAGGUGUUGCGGACCCACCACGCACUGAAGGAGGCGCUAGCCAUCAUUGGAGACAUCUCCACCACUACCAUCACCACCCCUCUGCCUCCUCCUGUGGAUAGCUCCUGGCUUCAGGCUGGUGCUGGCGGCUCCCGCAGGUCUCCCCCACCAAGCCCCACUGCCCCACGCAGAAUGUCCGCAGGUCAGAGGCCAGCAGGCCGGGGUGCUCCUCCUCCUCCAACACGCCCAGGGCCUCUUGGGCCCUUUAACAACAGUGGUGAUAGUCCACAGGUGCCCAACCGCCCAAACCGUGCUCCUCCCAGCAUUCCCAGCCGCCGACCCCCACCUUCCCCUACUAGACAGGUCCCGUAAGCUGUCCAGAGGGAUCCCCUCAUCCUGGACCAAGCACUCACACACGCCUCAGCUCUUACGUCUCAUAACCCUCUGAUCUCUGAGCUUCAGCUUCCUGCAUGUCCCAGUCUUUAACUUCACUGCUCCCAAGUCAUUACUAGGCCCGCCUUGUGUGUGCACAUUCCCCUGCAGUGCUAGUGUCCAUAUUAGCCACGCUUGUUCUGUGCCGUGUCUCUGUGCCUGCGAUCUGGAUUGGCCAAGCAGGACUCGGAGCGAGUCCUACCCACAAUGAUACACACAUGAUUUUUGGCUUCACUCUUCUCUAGUCUGUGAAAUCCAUAGUGACCAUCCUGCGCUCCCUGAUCUCUGAUCAGAGCAGCGAGGCUCCUCGUAGUGCAUGUUUUGUUUCCGAGAGUAUAUUUUUAUGCGUGUGUGCCCGCUCAGGUGUGUGCAGGUCUUGCUACCUUGCUAUGUGAAUAAUAUUUUUAGCGAGAGUCUGUGUGUAUGUGUGCUUACAUCACAGUCUCCCCCGAACGGAAAGUCAACGUGUAAGAUAGUGCGUGUGUCUGAGUUGGAGUUAAGACCAGUCUUGUGAACACACUGUCCACGAGCAUAACGUCUGAAGACGAAUGUUUUUCAUUAGCCUGAAAGAAUGUCUAACUGACAGGUCGACUCGCGGUAUUCUUUUUUUGAUUAAUUAAGCAAAGAGGGAAUAAAAUUGGCAGAAAAUUCUAGGUCUGUUAACCUUCUCGUCUCGUAUCAGUGGUUAGAAAGUAAAGGCUGGGGAUAAAACGUUACUAAUCUACAAUUUCUGCAGUAGUGCCUUUGAGCACUAUUAAAAAUAUUCGGCAAGAUGUUUUUAUAAAAGGGAUGGCUUGCUUUAGUUCUCCAUCUUGCAGCUACAGUGCCGUGAUUUCUUCUGCUUUUGUGUAUAUCUCAUACUAAAUAGUUUUAGAUCUUCAAACGAAAUACAACAUUAAACAAAGGUAAACCGAGUCAACACACAAUACAGUUUUUUAUUGAAGCAAAAAACGUUACCCAACACCUAUCACCAAUGUGAAAACUAACUGCCCUCUUAAACUUAGAAUCUGCUUGUGCCACCUUUAGCAGCAAUAACUGCAACCAAACGCUUCCGAUAACUGGAGGUCAGUCUUUCACUUACUUCUAGGACUAGGACUUAUUAUUAUGCUUUGGAUCGUUGUCUUGCUGCAUAAUCCAGUCACGCUUGAGUUUCAAUUCAUGGACUGAACACCGGACAUUCUCCUUUAGGAUUUUCUGGUAGAGAGCAGAAUUCAUGUUUCAUCAGUUAUUGCAAGUUGCCCAGGCCCUGAAGCAGCAGCGCAUCCCCACACCAUCACACUGCCUCCACCAUGCUUGACUGUAGAUAUGAUGAUCUUUUUGUGGAAUUCUGUGUUUGGUUUGCACCAGAUGUAACGGGACACCUGUCUUCCAAACAGUUCCACUUUCGACUCAGAACAUUCUCCCAAAAGGUUUGAAGAUCAUCAAGGUGUGUUUUGGUGAAAUUCAAACGAGGCUUAACAUUCUUCUGGGUUAGCGGUGGUUUUCACCUCACCACUCUUCCAUGGAUGCCAUUUUUGCCCAGUGUCAUUCUGAUACUGGAGCCAUGAACAGUGACAGUGUCUCUUUUGUAACUUGCUGGAUGAGUAGUUGCUGAAGAAUUUUGGAAGGUCGGACACUUCUGGGAAGGUUCACUACUGUGCAGAGUUUUUUCCAUUUGGAGAUGACGGCUCUCACUGUGGUUCUUUGGAGUCACAGAGCCUUUGAAAUAGCUUUCACCUUCUUACUCAUCAUUUCUGGAAUUUCUUUCAAUUUUGGCAUACUGUGUUACUCCGUAAGACCUUUUAACCACCUUCAUGCUGUUGAUAAAGUUCUAUCUAAGUGUUGAUGUGAUUGAACAGGGUUUGCAGUAAUCAUGCCUGGUUGCAUCUAGUCCAGCUGAACCCCGUUAUCAAUGCAGUUUCAUAGAUUUGGGGAAUUAAUAACUACAGUGUCAAAUACAUUUUCACACAGGCCCAGUUGGUAUUGGAUAACUUUUUUGCAACAAUAAAUAACAUUAUUAUUUAAAACUGUAUUUUGUGUUUACUCAGACUGCCUUUGUUUUAUCUUAGAUUUUGUUUUAAUUUCUGAAACUAUUUAGUACGAGAUAUACACAAAAGCAUAAGAAAUCAGGGCAAAUACUUUUUGUACUGUAUUUAUUGGUUGUUAAGGAUUUCACAUGGACACAAAUGGGUGACAAGUUAAAGAUAAAACCUGAACAAAUGAGUGGAGAAUCAUAACGACUGCAGAGGUUUCCAGCAAUUAAGUAUGGUACAGUUAUUUUCCUACAUGCAUCGUGGCAGGUAUAAAAAUGCAGAAUGUGCCCAUUUGAUUUUAUUUUUGGAUCAAGAGGAAAUCGAGAGCAAUUUUGAACCAAGAGGAAAAGUCACUUUGAAGGAAGGCACAGAGUCACAACACACUCAGGAACAGUGAUGUCAAGUGACUGUAGGGACCAAUCCACAGGCUUACUGAAUGGUUAAUGAGGAAGAAAAUGAUGUCCAUUGUCUGUUUCGACCUUUACAGUAACCAGACCCCAACCCAAAUGAACACCUAUGAGAGAUUUGUGGGAAGUGAGGGAAUCUCACAACAAUUCUACAGACUUGUAGAACCAAUACCAUGGGGCAUUGACGCUUUCUGACAGCUCAUGGUGACCUAACACUUUACUAAGACAUUCUGUGUUGGUUUUUCCUUUCAUUUGCCUUCUGUCUGUAUAUGUUCAGUUACACUGUAAUUCAUGUAGUUAGUUGGAUGUAGUGGGGCUGUUUGAUAAAUAGUGAGAUCAACAUCCAGACCAAGAUUUGGAGUAUAGUGGUCAAGAUCCAGCCCAAGACUCUGAGUAAUGAUACCAAAGAACCAGACCAAGAUUCAAAGUAUCAAGACUAUAAAUAAUGUCACCUAUUCAGACAGAGAGCCAGGUCAAAAUUCUAGUAAGACUGAGGCCAGGGGGUAUGGUGGCUUAGUGGUUAACCCCUCUGGGGUUGGGGGUUCGAAUCCAGCCCUGUGUGCAUGGAGUUUGCAUGUUCUCCCUAUGCUUUGGGGUUUUCCCCAGGUACUCCAGCUUCCUCCCUCAGUCCAAAGACGUGCGUUGUAGGCUGAUUGUUAUUUCCAAAUCGUCUGUAGUGCAUGAAUGUGUGUGUUUGUGCAAUGGGUUGGCACCCCUACCUUGUGCCCCCCCCAUCCCUGGGAUAGGCUCCAGGUAACCCUGUGUAGGAUAAGGAUGGAUGGAUGGAUUCAGAUUGAGGCUCAAACCAAUAUUCGAUACAUAGAGAUACAUGAAUCCAGACCAAGAUUCAAAAUGAAUGAAACAGAGAUCCGGAUGAAAACUGAGAAGUGAGAAGACCAAGAUACAGACCAGAAUUCAGAAUAAUGAGACCAAAAUAGAGACCAACACUCUGUGUAAGGAGACCGAGAUCCAGACUAGUACUAACCAAGCCUGAGACCUAGAUGGAAAUUCAGUCAUAAGACUGAGAUCCGCAUAAAGAUUUAGUGUAAUGAGACCAAGAUCCAGACCAAAACUGAGAGUAAAGACCCUGAGAUCCAGACCAAACUUCUGAGUAAUAAGACUGAGACCCAGAUGAAACUCUGAGCAAAGAUCCCAAGAUCUCCCCCAAAAAGUCAGACCAAAACUUUACACCAGAUCAAGACCAUGAGAUCUUAACUUCAACUCUGGUGUGUGUGUGUGUGUGUGUUCUGUGUGUUGAUUCAUGGUGUGCAUGAUUUGUUUGAUGGUAUGUCAGUUUUGGAAGUGUGUUUGUUCAUGUGUUUUUGCUGUCAAUAAUCAGCACUACUGCUGAUGUUGAAACGAAGCCCUUACCUCAUCUAGUCGUUAUUCUGUCUAUGUGCCUGUGUUUAUUCUGGCUAUGAACCCUGUCUACAGGCAGGCUGAUUAGCAAAUCCUGAGACAUACUUAACCUUCCAACUGAACACACAAACUUACAAUUCUCAUGCAUACACAUCAUAGCUCCAGAAACCAUUUAACAUCACGAGCUUGAUAAAAUACACCAUCCUCUCUGCGAUACAGUAACCGUGCAAUGUGGCAAUGUGUGUUUGUUACUUAAAGUUUAAAUAGUAAUAAUAGUGUCUGUUUAUUAUUUUUUUUUAUUAGACGGUGUAUAGGUAAUUAAUUCCAAACAGACAUGCCAUGAAGUCUUCAGGAUGGAUAUACGGGGAUGUGAGAAUGUUAUUUAUGUUCUGACGUUCUUUAACAAAGAUGUUUGAAUGUCGUCGGUGAAAUUCUUAACAUCGUGUCAAAUAUUCACCUGUUUUUCAGCACCUUGUCUGUUCAAAUUCUGCAUUAAUUCCACAGUGGCACCCCAGACUUGCAUUAUGUAAGCUGAACAAAAAAAGGGUUUAAUAAAACGUGUGCUAGAAGUUAAAUUAGAUUUGUACCCGUUUCAGUGGGCAGUCGAUGUGUUGUUCCUGUGGGUCUCUGUCCAUUUAGUGUACUGCCGAGUCACGCAGGUUUGUACUUGAAAUCUGUUUUGUUCUUAUCGUCUCUUACUGUAUCUCAGAAUUCUGAUUCAUACUACUAUAAUGGCAUGAAUAAAUCUGUACUGCCAAAGCUAGUCAUAGAAUCAAUCUAUAUAUAAUAUGCAACAGAACAUUAGUGUUACAUACACACAUGCAUAUAUAGAUAUAUAUGUAUGUAUGAAAUAAUAUUGUUCACUGGAGGAAAUCAAGACACUCGCCUCCGUUUUGUAAAUGUGGUUCUUUCGAGGGAUAUGUAAACUGUAUUAGUGAUUAUAUUCCUUAUGUAAUUCAAUAAAACGUGUUGAAGACCGUUACCAUUGUGUUCUCUUCACUUUGUGCAUGGUUUUAAAGUUUAGACACGCGGAGAACACCACGGCUCACGGCCAGGGUGUUCGCCAAAGACUUGGUGACUUUGUUGCAGGUGCAAAUUUGAUGUGCUCCGUCCAAAACUUUAUCAAGAGAGGACAAGGGCUCUGGCUACACAGUCGACCCACCCGCCCCGGGU